UCUCUGAAAUCGUUAAAUAAAAAUUUUAAAAAUAAAAGUAAAGUGUAAUAUACAUAUAGAAAAACUCAAAUCAAAAGUGUAUGCAGCUCCAUGAAUUAUUACAAAACGAAUAUUCCUGUACAAUCAAAAUAAUCACCAGUCAAGUGAAAAAGAAUGCUGUCAGCACCCCAGAAGUCUUCCUGUGCCCUCUUGUCUAAUACUCUCCUCUCUUCUCUCCAAAGGUAACCAUUGUUGACUUCUAGGACCGUUGACUAACUUUGCCUGUUUCUGAAUUUUAUAUAAUAUUGAGCACAGUAAUGGCUAUGCAGAUGCAGCUUGAAGCAAAUGCAGAUACUUCAGUGGAAGAAGAGAGCUUUGGCCCGCAACCUAUUUCACGAUUAGAGCAAUGUGGCAUAAAUGCCAAUGAUGUGAAAAAAUUGGAAGAAGCUGGAUUCCAUACUGUGGAGGCUGUUGCCUAUGCACCAAAGAAGGAGCUAAUAAAUAUUAAGGGGAUCAGUGAAGCCAAAGCUGAUAAAAUUCUGACUGAGGCAGCUAAAUUAGUUCCAAUGGGUUUUACCACUGCAACUGAGUUCCACCAAAGGCGAUCAGAGAUCAUACAGAUUACAACUGGCUCCAAAGAGCUGGACAAACUACUUCAAGGAGGAAUUGAGACUGGAUCCAUAACAGAGAUGUUUGGAGAAUUCCGAACUGGGAAGACCCAGAUCUGUCAUACAUUGGCUGUGACAUGCCAGCUUCCCAUUGACCGAGGUGGAGGUGAAGGAAAGGCUAUGUACAUUGAUACCGAGGGUACCUUUAGGCCGGAACGUCUGCUAGCUGUGGCUGAGAGAUAUGGCCUCUCUGGCAGUGAUGUCCUAGAUAAUGUAGCAUAUGCUCGUGGGUUCAACACAGACCACCAGACCCAGCUGCUUUAUCAAGCAUCAGCUAUGAUGGUAGAGUCCAGGUAUGCACUGCUGAUUGUAGACAGUGCCACUGCCCUCUACAGAACAGACUAUUCCGGUCGAGGUGAACUUUCAGCCAGGCAGAUGCACUUGGCCAGGUUUCUGCGGAUGCUUCUGCGACUUGCUGACGAGUUUGGUGUAGCAGUGGUAAUCACCAACCAGGUGGUAGCCCAAGUGGAUGGAGCGGCCAUGUUUGCUGCAGAUCCUAAAAAACCUAUUGGAGGAAAUAUCAUUGCUCAUGCCUCAACCACCAGACUGUACCUGAGAAAAGGAAGAGGGGAAACCAGAAUCUGCAAAAUCUACGACUCUCCCUGUCUUCCUGAAGCUGAAGCUAUGUUUGCCAUCAAUGCGGAUGGAGUAGGAGAUGCCAAAGACUGAAUCAUUGGGUUUUUUCCUGUGAUGAACCUAAGUGCUGCAGCCUAAUGGAGAAGACUGCUCCCUAGGGUUCUUUGCAGGCCUCUUCCUGUUGUGACUGCCAAAAAAAGGCUUCCGGAAAAACAGCUAUUGUAUUAGCUUUUCUGGUGGAGUAAACAGGCAACAGGUCCGUAGUCACAAACUGAUCUGAAAUGUUUAUUCCUUCCCUAGAGAAUAUAUUAAUCUCUAUGUGAGUUCUUUGGUUUUGGUGGGGGGCAGUUAUGAAAUACCUCUGACAUAGUGCCCUGAGGUUGACUCAGAACUAACAGCUAGACAACCUUGUGUCUCUAAGAAAACUAACGUUGGGGAGACCUGACUUUUCUCUGUCUGAAUAAUGUUGAAAAAAUGUCUGAGCAACGUGGCAAAAGGAAUGGGUCUCCUCAUACGUUCUUUUUCUCUGUCAGUAAAACUGUCAAUCAGAUGGAGGUUCUUAAGUUUGUGUGCCUGAUAUCUUGUGUAAGAAUUUGGUUUUAGUUAAGGAGUAUUAAGCAGACCUGCUGGGCCACUAGCCUUUUACCAUCUACUUGCUUGGGCGUUUUUUUUUUAUUGCUAAGAGUAACUCAAGAUAAUUUUGGAAUCUUAGGCAUUUCAGAGGCUUCAGUAGAUUCACUGUGCGGCUGCUAAUAAAGUAAUUAUUUGUGGUUUAUAGGCUGUUUAUAGGAGUUAUUCUGGUACAAACUAAGUAUUUCAAGAUAGGGCCUUUAUAUCUUUUUGGCACUGGGUAGGGGUGAUCAGUUUCUAUUGCUUGAAAAUUUAAAAGGGAAGUCCUACAUUCAGGUGAUUGAGCUUAUUGUCCUUCAACCUAAUAGAUUAAUACAAGAUGUAUAUGUCAUGGCUUUCCUGUGGCCAUUGUUUUUAUUCUGUAAGUCUCAUGUUGUAGAGGUCUGAUGCUUCCCUGGAUUAUUCUACUUCCAGGGUUCACAAUAUUAUUCUUCCCCUUCACACUUCCACUCAGGAUGGAUUUUAACCAAUUUCAGAGGACCUCUCAGCUAGUAUUGGGAGGAAAGGCAGUGAAAAUCUCUGCUGGUGCCUGUGUCGAUUUUACUAUAUGUAGGAAGAUAGGGAGAUAUAAUUUAAUGCAGCUUUGUUUUAAAAGCAGUUCUGGAGGUCUUCUCUUACCAAAACACAAACCUGGGGUGGUAUAAUAAAGCCACAGUGACAGAUUCUGGAAUGAAAGCUUGAUUUUUGUAUAAAAGCAUCUCGGUCUUUUAGGACCUAUAAAAUAUUUAAAUACCUUUGA